CUAGCAAGUAAGCAAGCUUCAUCAACUUGGUUUGAUACUUGCUUUGGAAGACGCUUUGGGCCCAUUCCCCGCGCUAUGGCUUUUCGGGCUCGUUCGGUCGCCUUGUUGAGGUGGGGGUUGGGGACGAGGUCUCAGGUUCAGAGUCUGGGUUUGAAUCUGGGAAGGCGUGGGUUGGCGACGGUGUCGGAGGGGACGAGGGCAUACGAUGUAGUGGUUAUUGGAGGAGGCCAUGCCGGUUCAGAAGCCUGUGCUGCGGCGGCUCGUUCAGGCGCGCGAACCGCAUUGAUCACACCCUCGUUGUCCAAUAUCGGUGUCUGCUCGUGUAAUCCGAGUUUUGGUGGAAUCGGGAAAGGUACUAUGAUCCGCGAAGUCGAUGCCAUGGAUGGUGUCGCGGGUCGAAUCAUCGAUAAAGCCGGUGUUAUGUUUCGCACGCUCAACCGAUCGAAAGGCCCUGCCGUUUGGGGUCCGCGCGCUCAGAUCGACCGCGAUUUGUAUAAGAGGUAUAUGCGGGAGGAGUUGAUGGGGACGGAGGGGUUGAGUAUUCUGGAGGGCAAGGUUGCGGAUAUUGUGGUGUCGAAGGACGGUGUUGAGCAUACCCCCGGGGCGCAGGGCAAGAUUGUUGGUGUUCGGUUGGAAUCAGGCGAGGUUAUACCUACGGGCAAGGUGGUUAUUACGACGGGGACGUUCCUGGGGGGGGAGAUUCAUAUCGGGCUCAAUGCGUAUCCCUCGGGUCGGAUUGGUGAAGCGGCGACGUUCGGGCUCAGCAAGUCCCUUCGUGAGGCUGGGUUUCAGCUCGGUCGUUUGAAGACGGGAACGCCUCCGCGCUUGGAUCGGAAGACGAUCAACUUUGCGCCUCUGGAGGUGCAGGACGGUGACCAUCCGCCCAGUCCGUUCUCCUACCUCAACGACAGGGUUCAGGUCGACGACGAAGGCCAGCUGACGUGCUGGAUGACCUACACCAAUGACGACGUUCACGACAUUGUCCGGGCGAACCUGGACAAGACGAUUCACAUCCGCGAGACGGUCAGAGGUCCCAGAUACUGCCCUUCCCUGGAGUCCAAGAUCAUCCGCUUCACGGACAAGAAGAGACAUCUGAUCUGGCUCGAGCCGGAGGGAUUCGCACCCAACAAUGUCAUCUAUCCCAACGGCAUCUCUAUGACCAUCCCCGAAGACGCCCAGUACGCCAUGCUGCGCAAAAUCCACGGUCUCGAAAAUGUGACCAUGCUGCAACCCGGCUAUGGAGUCGAGUACGACUACAUCGACCCGCGCAACCUCCGACCUACCCUGGAGACGAAACUCAUUAGCGGUCUCUACCUCGCCGGCCAGAUCAACGGCACCACGGGCUACGAAGAAGCCGCAGGACAGGGUAUCAUCGCCGGAACCAACGCCGGGUUAUCCGCACAAGGCCGCGAGCCACUGACCCUCCGUCGCUCGGAUGCCUUCAUCGGCAUCAUGAUCGACGACCUCAUCACCAAGGGCGUCUCCGAGCCCUACCGCAUGUUCACGACCCGCAGCGAAUACCGCAUCACCACGCGCUCCGACAACGCUGAUCUCCGUCUCACGCGCAUGGCCCGCGAAGCCGGCAUCGUCUCCGACAAGCGCUGGCGCCACUUCACGGAAACCGAAGCGCAAAUCAAGCAGCUCCAAUCCCUCCUCGAGAACACCAAAAUGUCUUCCUACGCCUGGGUCCGCAAGGGCUUCAAAGCCCGCGUCGGCCCCUCCCUCCGCUCCGCCCUCGACCUCCUCUGCCUCAGCGAAAGCGACAUCGACUCUCUCAUCCCGCACAUCGAAUCCCCCACCGGCACCGUAUACUCCGCAUCUUCCUUCGCCCCGGAGAUCCGCAACCGCGUCGCCAUCGAAGGCCGCUACGCCCCGUUCGUGAUCCGCCAAGAAAACGCCGCCCAGAAGUCCCUCCGUGACGAGAACCUCACCAUCCCGCCCACCCUCGAUUACUCCACCGUCCGGGGCAUCAGCAUCGAAGAAAAACAAGCCCUCGAGCGUGUCCGCCCCGUCAGCAUUGGCAUGGCAAGACGCAUCGAGGGAGUCACCCCGGCAGGCGUCCUCCGGGUCCUGAUGCACGUUCACAAGACCAGUAGGGACAGAGACUCAGCUCCUCCUGCAUCAGAAGGUCUGGAAGAAACGCCCGAGGAUAUUAUCAGCCAGGCGCCUUAGCGGAUCCUUCGUCUCUAAUUGGGUUUGAUUGAUUACUAUUUACGGUGUUGUACGACUACGACUACUAUUGCAUCUCGAUCACAGCGGCGGGCGAAUCGGUGUCAUUUAGUUGUUUGGGG